GGAGGAGACGUCAGAGGGGGCGAGGUCGGGCUGUGAUUCGCUGCUCCCUGCAGCCCCCGAAGGAAGGAGGAUGGUCCAGCCGAGCCUUGGGAAGAAGUGACCUGGUGCUGAGUGAGGCAGCGGCGCUGGAUUCGGCUGUGGAACUAGCUGGGGUAGAAGCGCCAUCCGCGUGACCGGGACACGCUGCGCGGCCGUGUCUCCGCUGGGGCUCAUGGCCGUGACGCUGUGAUGUGCAUAGUGGGACUGAUAGAAGACUUGGCCUGGAUCACAAAUCAUUUCAGACAAUAUGGCAGACCCCAUCCGAUGGGCCCGAUAUCGGUGGCAGCGUCUGGUAUCUGCAGAAGGCAGGGAUGGAAGUAGCAACAGCUCCUCAUGUGACAAGUGUUAUCAAUCAUCCAAAAUGCCUAGCAAACAUAGAAUAGUUAUACCAUGUCUGGGACACUUCAAAGAAGAGUAUGAAAAGGUAUCAAAAUUAUAUAUGAACAACAGAAUACGGACUACUAAAUACACUUUAUUCAACUUUAUACCACGGAAUUUAUUUGAACAGUUUCACAGAGCUGCCAAUUUAUAUUUCCUAUUUUUAGUUUUCCUGAACUGGGUUCCACUGGUGGAAGCCUUCCAGAAAGAAAUUACCAUGUUACCUCUAGUAGUAGUUCUGACAAUUAUUGCAGUUAAAGAUGGCCUUGAGGAUUACUCAAAAUACAAACUAGAUAAGCAGAUAAACAACCUGUUAACUAAAGUAUAUAGCAGAGCUAGUUCCAUAACAAUAGUUUCUGAAAUUGAUCCAGAGAAGUUUUCAAGUAGAAUAGAAUGUGAAAGUCCUAACAAUGAUCUCAGUCGAUUCCGUGGCUUUGUUGAACAUUCAAACAAGGAGCGAGUGGGCCUGAGUAGAGAGAACUUGCUGUUACGAGGAUGCACAAUCAGAAACACAGAAGCCAUUGUGGGCAUUGUGGUGUAUGCAGGUCAUGAAACCAAAGCAAUGCUGAAUAACAGUGGCCCUCAUUACAAACGCAGUAAAUUGGAAAGGAGAGUGAACACUGAUGUCCUUUGGUGUGUUCUGCUUCUGAUUUUAAUGUGUUUAAUUGGUGCUUUGGGUCAUGGAAUUUGGUUAAGUAGCUAUUCGAAGAUGCCUCUUUUUAAUGUCCCUGGGCCCGAUGGAAAAUCCACUCCACCAGCAUUAGCAGGGUUUUAUAUGUUUUGGACAAUGAUCAUUUUAUUACAGGUCUUGAUCCCGAUUUCUCUCUAUGUUUCAAUCGAAAUUGUCAAAUUGGGACAAAUCUAUUUAAUUCAGAAUGAUAUUGACUUGUACCAUGAGAAGAGUGAUUCCACUAUUCAGUGUCGAGCGCUGAAUAUCGCUGAAGACUUAGGUCAAAUCCAGUACAUCUUCUCUGACAAGACCGGAACCCUCACUGAGAACAAAAUGGUUUUCCGGAGAUGCAGUAUUGCAGGACAGGAAUAUUGCCAUGAGGAGAAUGCCAAGAGACUGGAAUCCUAUCAAGAGGCUGAUUCAGACAGUGAAGGUUUAACAGAUGCUCUGUGUGGCUCGUUGAGCUGCAUGUCAAAGCAGAAGGUGCACAGCUGCAGGACAGUGAGUCGGCCUUUGAACUCCAAGUCUUUGAAUCAGCUGGCUGGUAGCUGUUCUGCUUUAGGAGGGAAAGAUGGAGUCAGUAACAUUCCACACUCAAGACAUGUAGCUUUCAGCAGCCCCAUUGAAACUGAUGUUGUUCCAGACGCAAAGCUCAUGGAGAAAUUUAGUCAAAUUACCUGUCAUUCCUAUGCACAAUCAGAAGAAACUGACAGACCCCCAUCCUUGGAGACAGUAUAUAUUACUGACUUCUUCCUUGCUCUGGCAAUCUGUAAUACUGUGAUAGUUUCAGCUCCUAACCAACCACGUCAAAAGAUGAGACUAUCUUCACUAGGUAGAAUGCCUAUUAAAUCCCUUGAGGAAAUCAAACAGAUGUUCCAGAGGUUGUCAGUCCGAAGGCUGAGUUCAUCACCAGCUCCAAGUGCAAAAGAAUCCUCCUCUGAGAGCCCUAGUACUUUUGGGAGCAAACUAUCUAUUUUCAGAGUGAAGCUGGCUUCACCUGCUAUGGAAGGGGUGGCCCAAACAGUUAAUGAAGCUCAGGCUACUGAUAGCCCACAAUGCACCAAAAUACCUCCACUUGGACCAUUAGAUAGAGUGGACGUAGCUGCAAGCAGUGAGCACUCUGAUGCUGGAUCAUCUCUUGAACAAUCUAUAGCUAAGCUGUGUUAUGAGGCUGAGAGCCCUGAUGAAGCUGCACUAGUUCAUGCUGCCAAGGCUUACAAAUGCACUUUACAGUCUAGGACUCCUGAUCAAGUUACUGUAGACCUGGCUGCUUUGGGAUCUUUGACAUUUCAGCUUUUGCACAUUUUGCCUUUUGACUCAGUACGAAAAAGAAUGUCAGUAGUAGUUAGACAUCCGCUCUCCAACCAAGUGGUGGUGUACACGAAAGGUGCAGACUCGGUCAUUAUGGAUUUGUUGUGGACUGGAGCUUCCGAUGAUAAAUCAGAAAUGGAACAAAAGAAAAUUAAGGAGAGAACUCAGAAACACUUAGAUGAUUAUGCCAGAAGAGGACUGCGCACAUUGUGUAUAGCUAAAAAGGUGAUGAGUGAUGCAGAAUAUGCUGAGUGGUUAAAUAGUCAUUUUUUAGCAGAAACCAGUAUUGACAAUAAGGAAGAGCUGCUGCUUGAAUCUACUAUGAAGCUUGAGACUAAGUUAACACUCCUUGGUGCCACUGGGAUUGAGGAUCGCCUGCAGGAGGGUGUUCCAGACACUAUAGAGGCACUGCGAAAAGCUGGAAUCAAAAUUUGGAUGCUGACAGGAGAUAAACAAGAGACUGCUGUCAAUAUCGCAUAUGCUUGCAAGUUACUGGAACAAGAUGACAAAAUCUUCACUCUCAAAUCUCUAAGUAAAGACGCCUGUGCAUUGUUGAUGAACACUAUUUUAGAAGACAUCCAAAAAAGUAUGUAUGCCCAAAAAAAUCACAACUCCAAACUUGCGAGCGUCUUUCCAGCUCCCUCCACCCAAGCUCCAGAGUUCAGUGCCAGCCUGGUUAUUGAUGGAAAGACUUUAGAAUAUGCCCUGCACGAGAGCCUGCAAGGUAUCUUCCUGGAACUCACGGAGAGGUGCCGGGCUGUGGUCUGCUGCAGAGCAACGCCCCUGCAGAAAAGUGAAGUGGUCAGACUGGUGCGAAACAGGUUGAAAGUGAUGACACUAGCCGUAGGUGAUGGUGCCAAUGAUGUCAGUAUGAUCCAGGUGGCUGAUACUGGAGUGGGACUCUCAGGCCAAGAAGGCAUGCAGGCUGUGAUGGCAAGUGACUUUGCAAUUUCGCAGUUCAGACACCUCAGCAAGCUGCUGCUUGUCCAUGGACACUGGUGUUACACCAGGCUGGCCAACAUGAUCCUUUAUUUUUUCUACAAGAAUGUGGCCUAUGUAAACCUCCUAUUCUGGUACCAGUUCUUUUGUGGGUUUUCGGGAACAUCCAUGACCGACUAUUGGGUUUUGAUUUUCUUCAACCUCCUCUUCACUUCGGUGCCGCCCAUCAUUUAUGGCAUUCUGGACAAAGAUAUCUCUGCAGAGAUCCUCAUGCAGCUACCUGAGCUUUAUGUGACUGGUCAGAAGUCUCAGGCAUAUUCACCUCCAGCUUUCUGGAUCACCUUGCUGGAUGCUUUUUACCAAAGUCUGGUUUGCUUUUUUGUGCCUUACUUUACUUAUCGUGGUUCUGACAUAGACAUCUUUUCUUUUGGUAACCCGUUAAACACAGCAGCGCUCUUCGUCAUAUUACUGCACCUCCUGAUCGAGAGUAAAACUUUGACUUGGAUACACAUGGCUGUUAUGAUAGGUAGCAUCUUAUUUUACUUUGUCUUCGCACUGACUUUUGGAGCAGCCUGCAAAACCUGUAAUCCACCAUCAAAUCCCUAUUGGAUCAUGGAAAAGCACAUGACAGACCCAGUGUUUUAUCUGGUUUGCAUCAUUACUACUUGUGUUGCUCUUCUACCAAGAUACUUAUUCAGAGUUCUUCAGGGGGCUUUGUUUCCAUCUCCAGUUUUGAGAGCCAAGCACCUUGACAGACUGAGCCCCGAGGAGCAGAAGGAAGCAAUUAAAAAGUGGAAGGAUGAUCGUGUUGGGAAGUGCAGAAUGGGUUUCCAGGGCACUCGGGCGUGUUCCAGGUCUGCUGAAGAUGCUGCAUCAGUAAGAGAAAGUACUGACCACUCUUCAUACAUCCCAGUGUCUAAGACACCUUUUCAUACCUGUCCAGUAGACAGGUCAGUGCAGAAGGCUUCUUUCAUAUCAGACAUACAGGAUGAAUUCAGGGAUGUGAACAGCCUGACUUGUGAGAGAGCUGCAUUUUUGAACUCUUCGAAGGAAACCUAUUCAGAAACAUAUGGCACUAAUAAUUCUUGUGCCGGCAUCCCGGAGUUUACUUUUGCAAAGGGCAGCAAUGAAAUUUCUCUAAUAAAUAAGGCCAGUUUGAAUUGUUCUUUUACUGAACAGGAUGUUUUAACAUACCCUGCAAAGCUGGAAUGUUAACUGUUUUAAAAAAACAAAAGCAUUGGUGCAUUACAUUACAUUCGAGUUUUUUGUUGUUGGUGGGUUUUGAGGUUUUUUGGUCAUGUCAGUUGAUGCACAAAUUUAUUCAGAAGCCUUUUGUAUUUUUUAAAACCUUUUAAGUAACUUAAUGAGGUAUCCAGAGUCUAAAUGGGCAUGAAGCAUUGUGAAAGUACCAGCUUUAUUAAGAACUCAUCAUUUUUGGUACAUGCUAACUGCAUAACAUAGUAACUUUGAUAAAAAUGACAGUGAUGUAAUUUAAAGGCUAUCCUGGUGGAGACACUUUUACCAGUUGACCCUGACUUUAUCAUCCUGAGCUUCACCCAGUGUUGCUGCUUCACCCAGUGAUCUGCUUCACCCAGUGAUGUUGCAAUGACAACUAGUGCUGAUGAGGUCCACUGCACGCUCCAGGACCUCUUUGCAAAACGUUUUUUAUCCUGAUCAUUCUCUUUGUGAUCAUAAUAUUUGUGUGAUGGUUUCACAUCAACGUGGAAGGUCAUACCAACAAGAUUUACAGAACACAUUGGUCAUGUUCAAAGUCCAUUUUAUGAAAAAAUAAAACCUUCA